CUCCCCGAAAGCUAUAUAAGUCAAAUUAACAAAGGCCCCCGUUCAAAAAAUUCAUCACAAUGUUUAAGCUUGCGGGAGUCGUCCUCAUUCUCAGCGUCCUCGUUUCGGAAAAUUCGGCACUAAUCACCCGUGCCCAAUGGGGAGCCCGUACAUCGAAAUCCGUUAGUAAAUUUUCCGGACAAAUCCCUUAUGUGGUUAUCCAUCACACGUAUGAGCCGGCGGUUUGUCUCACAACUGAGGACUGCAUAGCUGCCAUGCAAUACAUACAGGACUUACACAUGGAUCAAAAUGGAUGGGGCGAUAUUGGUUACAGUUUUGCCGUUGGUGGAGAUGGCGAAAUCUACGAGGGACGUGGCUGGAAUGUUGUUGGAGCUCAUGCCCCUGGAUACAACUCAAAGAGCGUAGGAAUUGUAUUCAUCGGGGACUAUAGAACUGAUUUACCAUCAUUCAAAAUGCUCAAGGCUGCCGUAGACUUCAUUGCUGCUGGAGUUACCACCGGUCUUAUAGCACCUGAUUACAAAUUAAUUGGACAUCGACAAGCCAAAGCUACUGAAUGUCCUGGAGAUAGACUGUUUAGUGAAAUUAUAACCUGGGACCAUUGGACCGCGAGCCCAACACCUAACUGAAAUCUAAAUUUUCAUUAGUUGAUGGUAUUCUCUUAUAAAUGACAAAUAUUUUCAAGGCUUAAUUCUAUUUUUCAAGUUUCACGCGUUAAUUUAAUUAAGUAAUUAAAACAAUGCAUAUCGAUACAGUAUUAUAGCAAUAAAACACGUGGUGAGUUGCCGCAAACAAGCAUAUAAAUUUGGUACAAACAUGAAUCAUUGACAACCUAAAUGCAAGCAAAUAUUGAAGACGAAG